UAUCUUAAUCGGUUUAUAAAACGAUGCUUGUGUGCAUCACGUUUCACAAAAAUAAUAACAAAGGGUGUCUCGUGGCUAAGUCGUCAAUAUCGCAGUGGUCUCGUUCUAAAAAUAUAAAUGAUUCGUCAAAGGUUCAAAUACUUUAGAACCUUCCAUUUGAAAAUGGAGGAAGAGAGAAUGGAGCGAAAAAAUGUUGCUUUCAGUGUGAUGCUUCCGUCUUCCAAAGGACGAAAAAGGAGAGUGAGAAAGAAAUCUUUUACAGAGGCUGUCAAAGAAAAAUACUGCAUGAGCGAUCCCAAUAAAAUAUUUACUUCAGGGUUUGUGAUCGACAUAAAGGUGACGGGGAAACCUAAAGCAAAUGACUCGGAAGCUGAAUUGGCAUAUCUCAGAAAUGUGGUCCUGACUAACAGUGCUGUUGGCCAUGCUGGUCUGCCAAAUGAAGGACUGUCCACUCUGUGUCCAAAUGUAGUUGACCUUGACCUGUCCAGCAAUGCCCUGACAGAUUGGAAAGACAUGCUGACCAUCUUGUCUAACCUACAGUGCCUUAAGUUUGUCAAUUUAGCCCGAAACCUGUUGCAAAAUCAUGAGAAUGUCAUUCAGUCUUGGAGCACAGCCCUUCCUCAGAUAGAAAACCUAGUGUUGAAUGGAACCUACACCAGCUGGCAGGAUGUCAUUGAGUUGUCCAAAAAGAUUCCGUCCCUCAAAGAAUUGCAUGCCUGUGAAAAUGAAUAUGAAGAUUUGGAUCAUCCAGAGGAUGCUUACAAGUAUCUACAAAACAUCAGCUGUCUCAGACUCAAUAACAACAGACUCCGGAGUUGGGAGGAAGUAUGGAAACUGAAAAAUCUGCCUUGCUUAGAAUCCCUCAUUCUGUCAGGGAACCCUAUUGAACACAUCUUCUACAAAGAAAAAGAGGAGUGCAAGAUAUGCUGUCCAGAAAACACAGGAAAAGGAGAAAGCAGUGAGAGGGAUGUUUCCAUGGAUGUACAGGAUAUUGUGGAAGAUAUUGUUGAUGAUGUUUUUCGGAUCAUCCAUGUGGGAGGAGAUGUCAUGGAAGAAACAGAGAGUGACUCUGAAGGUUGUCAACACUGUGACCCGUUCUCCAGACUCAACCUUCUCUGUCUGAGUGAGACUCAGCUCAAUGAUUGGACUCACUGUGAAGAACUCAGAAAGUAUCCUGCUCUGGAAUCUCUCAGAAUCAAGGAUGUUCCCUUAGUGAAAGAUUUAGAAACAGAUGACAGAAGAAAACUUCUUGUUGCACAAAUUCCAAGCAUCAGAAUAUUGAAUGGAAGUGAAGUGACCAGCACAGAAAGAGAAAAGUCAGAGAGACAUUAUCUCCGAUACUUCAUGGACAAACAGCACAAACCAGACAGGUUUCAUGAAUUAGAGGCUAAACAUGGUAAACUGGAGCCCCUGAUGGACAUAGACAUCAGUGGAGGGUACAAGGAGUGGAUCACAGUCACCUUUAUCUACGGUGACAAGCGCUACCAAGAGAGAGUCCAUGUUGUCGAACCCAUCGGGAAACUCAGGCUCAUGGCUGCACAGAAAUUUGCUCUCUAUGCUUCGUUGCGUAACUUCAAGAUGUUCCACUACGCGUGUGGCCCCCAUCACAGGGAGGAUGAACAGACCUUUGAGGAGCUGAUCAUGCAGACCCAGUCCCUCCCCAUCAGUCGAUUCGACAUCAUGGACGGGGACGAAAUCUACGUGGACCCAGCCAUGGACGGAUUUCAGAAUGCCGAUGGGAGCCUGCAGUACUUCCUCAUCACAAGUUAUAUUACAGUGUAGGGGCCAGAGGCAUGCAGAAUUCAUAUGUUUGCUCUUUGUGUCUUUCUCUAAGAAACAACGAAAAGACUUGAA